GAGGAAUCGUUUCCUGGAGACCGCCUGCCGGCGGAAGCAGAAGCAGGAAGAAGCGCUGCUUUCGGGUGCCUCGCCUUGUCCCUCCCUUGCGAAGAAGAGACGCCGCCGCCGCCGCGGAACCAGCCGCCAUGAAUGUUGGCGUGGCCCACAGUGAGGUGAAUCCCAACACCCGAGUGAUGAACAGCAAAGGCAUUUGGCUGGCUUAUAGCAUCUCAGUGGUUCUCCUCCACAUCAUUCUUCUCAGCAUCCCCUUCUUUAGCGUUCCUGUGGUUUGGACUCUGACCAAUGUCAUCCAUAACUUGGCAAUGUAUUGGCUCCUACACACAGUGAAAGGAACCCCCUUUGAAACACCAGACCAGGGCAAGGAUCGCCUCCUCACACACUGGGAGCAGAUUGACUAUGGCACACAGUGGACGUCCUCUCGCAAAUUCCUAAGCAUCUCACCAAUUGUCCUCUACAUCUUGACCAGCUUUUAUACCAAAUAUGACCCUGUGCACUUCAUAAUCAACACUAGCUCCUUGCUGAGCGUCCUCUUGCCCAAACUACCCCUGUUCCAUGGCGUGCGCAUCUUUGGUAUCAACAAGUACUGAAAGCAGUCGGAAUAUUGACUCUUCCCGAAAGAAACAGCUCUUAACUGCAAAAUCCUGAUGGCAAUGCUGCAGUCACAUCAUCUGAAGCUCCAGAGAACCAUGCAUUAACUUGGGUGGGCUAGCAGGGAGAGUGUCAGCUGUCCACAGAGCUAAGCAGUAUUGAGUUUUGCUUCUUGCUACGGGAUAGAACCCAUUCUCCAUGCGGCUAGUCUACAAUUAGACCGGCACCUCUUCUGCUGGAAAAGACUGAAUCCUUAGGAGGGCAUGAAAUCUCCAGGACGUCCCCUGCAAGACUUCUACUUGAGCUGUUUGUAAUGGGUGCCUGAGACGAGCUUCCGGGAGAUACAGCUGUUCUGUGUAAACCUUUUCUGUUUUUAUAGAAUUCUGUCACACGAAAGUGUUUAUGGGGUGGUUGUUUUCAGGGUGGGAGGGCCGGGGAACUCUUACGAAAGAAGUGAACUGUCAUGCUGCGCUGACUGUAGUUCCUGAUUCUGCUCCAUGGUUCCCUUUUUUUGGUUCAUUGGCACUCAAGUGCAAAUCCUUGAGUCCACCACAUAACCUGGCUACUGUUUUCAAAAGAGGUUUCUAAUCCUUCUGGUUAUAAAGGAGAAAUGCAAGACCGUGCUAGUGGUCCAGCAGUAAAUUAAAAAUACAGGUUUUGUCAACGUUC